CGGAGUCAGAAUGACACAAGGUCAAGGAUUGUACAUGUACCUCGUAUACGCGUACCGGCCAAUAGCACCCGUCAUGUAUUGUUGGUAAUUCAUUGCAUCGGACAUCACGAUGAGCGACGACCACAAAGCGAUCCUGUAACGCUUGACCCGCUGAAGGCAUCAUUUUGGUAGCAGAAAUCGAAGACAAAUAAACUGGGAUCGUUUAGUGGUGACUCGGGCAGCUGAGGCGGCAAGAUGAGGAGAGGAGCAGUGGGUUCGAGUAUUGGACAUCUCAGCCAACAUAGACAUGGGACCAACCAGCGCUUGGAACAUUUGCGUAAAGUCACCUGUACGUUAGCACUAGUUGUGGGCAUUGCUUGCAUCAGUGCUGUCGGUGGCUACUUGAACCGGGCUCGCGGUGGAGCGGUCACGCCCGUUGGUGGGUACUGGUCUCGCCAUAUCCUAGCCAGGGCCAUGGUGGGACUACCGACAGGAGCUAUCGUGGGCCUGUUUGCACUCAGCUGGCGGCCAUUUCCUGUUGUUGCCACGGUCACUUCAGUCAGCUUGAUCAUUGGCUGGGGAUGCUACUUUGAUGUCACCACACAGGAACAUGGCUGGUCAUCACGUCAAGGCAUCUUUGAUUGGCUAAUCGGACGUGAGGAGGAAGGCUGGCCACAGUACCGCGUCUUCUACCAUAACUAUGCUGGCAUGGCAUUGCGUGGACUGGCAUGGACAUCACCGCAAGGCUAUAUCCUCUAUCACAUGGGCUACGGCUGGCAGUUCUCGGUCACUGGCUGUCUGAUGAGUGCGCCGUACAGCUUUGGCUGGUACAUGCACAGUUAUAGCUGGAUGGCACGUGGACAGCCAUGGUGUGAGACCGUGUGGGGUUACUACAUCUGGGUGGUGAUGAUCACAGUUGCCAUGGCAGGAUUGCUAGAGAGAUUGCGGGAGAACUCCAGGACGGGCCACACACGCCAUGUGCCAUACUACCUCUCAUCAUAUAUCAGUAACUGGUGGCUGGCGGUAUUGUUUGAGGUGUGGACGGCAGCCAUCACAGUCAUAUUCCUCGGCUCACUUGUCUUCUAUUCCAUGGUGCAGCAACUGGAUGUCAAGAACAAAGCACAGACUUUCUUCGGUAUGUACUUUGUCACCAUGGUUCAGCUCGCUGCACAAGUGGUCAUCUACACGGCCAUUUGGCUCACAAAACGGAAGGACAUUGACUUGACAUAUGACCUGCGUGGUGUAGCCAUACUCUGUCAGAGUCCGCUCAUUAUGCGCAAUAAGGUUCAGUUCUCGCCAAGCAGAUUUCGUAGUCGCCAGCUUUCGGAGAGCACCACUGACCACCAGUUUCAGCCCUACCAGCAUGGCUUGGCAGUUGACGAACAGCUUGCAAAGAGGACUGCUGCUGGCAAUGCAAGCAGUGAGCACAAUCGUCUACUCGGAUCUCUACAACACAGCAGCGGUGGGCCGGGAGGUAGUGGAGAAGAUGACUCACAGGAUGACAUAACUACUUCAAGUGAUUCAGAGUCUGAUGAGGUGGUAGACUGGUCAAUGAUUUUAUCACAACCCAGCUCCAAUGUUCUCAUUCAGUUACGGAAGUUGCCAUAUCGUGUGUGGUUAGUGGCGGAGACCAAUAUCUACACGUCUUUUCCAGCCAUGCUACGGCUUCUGCUGGGUGCUCUGGCAUUGCUUGGCUGUCUUCUAGCAUUCUACAUCACCACUAGUGCAAUGCUGUGGAAUCUGCAUGCACCACGCUACCUACAUGUAUGCAACUGCACUCAAUAGAGUCAAUAGGGACAUGUACCUGCCGCUCAGCAUACACACAACAUUACUCAGUCUCUCUGAAGGUACUGUUGUCCCGACAAGACUGCAGAAGACAUUACGAUCAGUUUGUAACACAGCAGAAGCAGGACAGCCGCACUGAGAUGAGCAAAGACUCACUGAUGGUUACACUGAUGGUUACACAGCAUCUGCUAGUAUCAACAGUGUACAUAAGCCAAAGUGUGCCACUCAAUCAGUGGAGGGGAGAGCGUUCAAACUUACACAGGACAAUAGUGAACUGCCUGUCCGUGUUCCAAGGCAGCAGGGCUAGGAAGGUUGGGCUACUACUCCCUGCAUGGCAGCAGCCAUUGUUAUACACAGGCUGAGCAUGCACUUGCCUAGUUACUACUUGGAAGUACAGUACUUGGAAGUAUGAUCAUAGACUGAAGGAAUCAAGUGGGCACAGUCUCAACCACACAUCACCUGUAUAUGGGAGCAGAAUGUGAAUUUACGUCGGUUAUGCACAACUCCCUCCAAGUCCUGUAGUACAUAUGUACAAUCUAAUGUAAUGUACAUGUGCUGGGAUUUUCUUGGCCUGUUGGAUUCUUUACGAGCUAUAGCGUUCCAUCGCAACUCGUGUGCGGCAGACAACACGCUGUACACUGUACUCAUAGAAAUCAAUACGACUUAGUUCUCUCUCCCGAUGAUUUAACGUUAGGGAAUAUCUCCCUUUUCUGUUGCAAACUCGUAAAGCACUCCAAUUUUAGUCUAUAUUGCUGAUAAGUUUGCAUGGAGUGAUUGUGACAGUAUGUACAUAUUGAGUAGCAACAGUCUCUCAGGUUUAGACUUGUUGCACUAACAGGUAAAGUAGGUGAAAAAGCAAGUGGCAAAGGG